CUCAGCCAGGUUUCCCCGCUGGGGCUGUCACUGCCCCAACCUCUCCCCACUCACGCUCAUCACCAGCAGGGCUGUUGCCUCUCUUCCUUUCCCAUCACACGAAUCCAUCGAAGCACGGCCGAAUUAAAAUCACUUCGAGAAAUAUAAAUCCCACGAUGAAGCUGUCUUCCUCUACUGUUUUGCUCUGCGCCGCAGCGACGGCAGCCGGUCUCGAGCAAAAGGUGAUCUCGAAGCCAGGCAGCUUUGGCCUUGACUUGGACGCGUGGACCAAAUCGCUCGAGAAGACAUAUGGCGCCAUCACAGAAGAGGCCAAGGCAGCCUGGGAAGAAAUUGCUGCGCUUGCUCCCGAAGCCAUGGAGGCCAUGAAGGCACAGAUGACGCCGCAGAAGCCCAAGAAGCACACCCGCCGACCCGACAGCACCUGGGACCACAUUGUCAAGGGCGCCAAUGUCCAGGCUAUGGGCGUUCAGACUGCCGACGGCUCGCGCACCAAGGUGGACGGCGACUUUGAAAGCUACACGCUCCGUGCGAGAACUGUGGACCCCUCCAAGCUGGGCAUCGACAAGGUCAAGCAGUACAGCGGCUACCUCGACAACAAUGACGACGACAAGCACCUCUUCUACUGGUUCUUUGAAUCUCGAAACGACCCCAAGAACGAUCCCAUUAUCCUCUGGCUGAAUGGCGGCCCCGGCUGCUCCUCCAUGGGCGGUUUGUUCAUGGAGCUCGGCCCCUCGAGCAUCAACAAGAAGGGCGAGGUUGUCUACAAUCCAUCGUCAUGGAAUUCGAACGCCUCCGUCAUCUUCCUCGACCAGCCUGUCAAUGUUGGCUUCUCGUACAGUGAAAAGUCGGUCGGCACCAGCGUUGCUGCCGGCAAGGACAUUUACGCCCUGUUGAGCCUCUUCUUCCACCAGUUCCCCGAGUACGCCAAGCAAGACUUCCACAUUGCCGGCGAGUCGUACGGCGGCCACUACGUCCCUACCUUUGCCGCCGAGAUUCUCUCCCACAAGGACCGCAACAUCAACCUGCAGAGUAUCAUGAUUGGCAACGGCUGCACCGACAGUGCCAUCCAGCAGGACUACUACCAGCCCAUGGCCUGCGGCAAGGGUGGUUAUCCGUCCGUGCUGUCUGACAGCGAGUGCCAGUCGAUGAAGAAUGCCAUGCCACGCUGCAAGCAGCUGACCAAGGCUUGCGAGGAGAAGCAGAGCAUGUGGACCUGCACCCCCGCCAGCAUCUACUGCAACAAUGCGCUCAUGGGUCCCUACAUGCGCACCGGCCUCAACCCGUACGAUAUCCGCAAGCCCUGCGGCCGCAGCGCGCUGUGCUACACGGAGAUGGAGGACUUGACCGAGUACCUCAACCGCCGCAACGUGCUGGAUGCUCUCGGUGUGGAGGUGGACGACUUUACCAUGUGCAGUGAUCGUGUGGGCCGCGACUUUAGCUACAACUACGACAUGUCGCAGCCGGUCAUCAAGCUGAUUCCCGAUAUCCUCGACCAGAUUCCCGUUCUUGUCUACGCUGGCGAUGCCGACUUUAUCUGCAACUGGCUGGGUAACCAGGCGUGGACCGACUCGCUCGAGUGGAGCGGCCACAAGGCGUACUCCAAGGCUGAGUCCAAGGAUCUCAAGCUUGCGUCUGGCGACAAGUACGGCCGAGUUAAGCAGGCAGAGGGCCUUGCUUUUAUUCAGCUCUUUGAGGCUGGCCACAUGGCUCCUUUUGACAAGCCGGAGCCGUCGCUGGAUAUGGUGAACCGCUGGAUCGGCGGCGAGUGGAAGCACAACAAGAAGAACUGAGCGGGCAUAGCGGGUGAUUCUGUAGGAUAGCAAACACAGCGUGCAUAUUUAUAUUGAAUGAGCUAUAUAUAUUAUGUUUUGGCGUCCGAAGCGUCGCUCGUUAUGUAAGUCUAAGCUGGCUGCCCGAUGGCAAUGGUGUUUUAGUAGAGUAUUAGUAUGAAGGCUCGAACUUCUAAAAUGACCUUCUGCAUUAAACGUUCUCCAGUUCUCAUUUUCAUAGAUUUGUUUGUGGUCGAUGUGUCUGACACAUCGACGGAGAAACACAUCAAACAGAGGCUCCGGCCAGAGCUACCUGCAGAAAUAGAACAAAGGAUUUUAUGUAUUUACGCAGCUAAUAUGUAUGGUAUGUACUCGGCGUUUUCUAUGGCUGACGCUAUCUUCACUCA